AUGCCCGGAACCACCAAAACACACGUCGUACACGGCGUUCAACUGAAAGGACCGCGGAGCAAGCACAAGAACGAGCCUUAUAACUUGUUUUCGAUUCAGUACCCUGUCACCGAAACUCUCAACGCUUCUGGGGAAAAGAAGAGAGACGAAGGCGAGAGAACUCUGGUGAAUCCAGAGCCCCUUGGUUUAAAUCCGGCCUGGCUGCACACCCGCCGUGCGCUACUUGACCGAGCGACCAGCGAAGCACAGAAAGCGACAAUCAGGAGUUUGCACACGCCGAAAUUUCCCUAUUGGGGACACCUCAUCUACAAUUCCAUCCAGGAGUUUAACGCGUCUAACACUCAUCGGUGCCGCAAGCUCGUGUAUGAUCUGCGGCACGGAGAGGCAGAUCACAAUGUUUGGAAAAACGUGUUCAAAAAGAUCGGUAAAGAUCUGUGGGCCAAGAAACCCGAGCAUAAAAGGCAGCCCAUCAUUAAAUAUGAGGGCCAGGAUUACUGCAUCAUCGACCCCCCGCUCACUGCGAAGGGUGUGCAGCAAGCACAAGAUGCAAACGCGAAGUUCCGCCAGCUCGAGAAGCAUAUGUUUCCGAUGCCGAAGAGGGCCUACGUCAGCCCUCUGCUUCGGGCCAUGCAGACGGCCGAGUACGCUCUUGGGCACGUUCCCGAGCAUGCUCCUGGGCACGUUCCUAAGGACUCUCGGAAAAUAAUGAUUACGCCACCCGAGGACAGCUACAUACUGAAUAAUCUCCGGGAAAAAGAGACAGGAAAUUGUGCCGAUAUUCUGAUUGAGGAGUAUAUUUCUCGUUCCAAAAAGCCACCAAAGGCUGGUACAAAUGCCAAGGACUUGGAGGAGGACGACGCGGUGCAAAAGCGCGCGGCGAGCCUGCACGACGAGAUUUUUGGAAUGGAUGACAGCGACUGCAUUGUUCGGGUGACGCAUUCCUUACUCAUUCAGAGCAAUCUCAUAGGCCUAGCAGUUCGCGGCGGAACCGUGUUGCAGAAGUUCAUGCUUGCUGAGGGUGGGCUAUUCGCGUAUGUUGUCGAAGGGAAAAGACCCAACAAGACGGCGCCGAAAAAGUGGCGGGAUGCUAAUUUGGAAACGGUGGCUAAACGCAAAAAAGGGAUGGUUAAGCGACGAGAUUCGGCAUUCCCAAAUCAGAAGGAUUCCACAACGCCUGUUGUGGUCACAAUCGAGCGACCGAUACUCGCCAUGUAA